AUGUCUUCCCAAAGCUCAUCAGCCAGUUCAAGACAAGUUUCGCCACUGAUGUACAGAACACUUCAACCAUCCGGUUUCAAGAACUUCUUACUCGAAAGCUUUCCAUUUAUUCUUUCAUUAAUCGUAUUCUUUAUAGGAAUUUCUUAUUACUUGCAAGCUUCAAAAAUAUUUUAUUGUGUCGAUGAACUGACUCACAUGUGCCGAGAAUGUCCACAAAAUGCAAAAUGUGAUUUGAAACGUGUUAUCGAGUGCACAAACAACACCCGUAAGUUCAAAAAUGCAUGCAUUGAUAUGGAUGUUGAUGAUACAACUGCGGAAAAUGAUUAUUCUAAAUGGGUUAAUUUAUUGAAGAAAAAGCAGCAAAUUAAUUCAAACACCACUAAACAGGAGUACUUUAAGAGCAUUAUACAGUCAACCAAGCGCUAUGAAGUUGUUGAGAUAGAAGAUAAAGGCGUAAUUUACCAAAGUUCACGUUUACAAACCGUUCUCUCUAUGAUAGCAUUUUUGAUAUUCACAAUUUUUACAGUUGACUUCUAUUUUAAGCUUUAA